AUGAAUAGGGACAUCUCGCUUCUUCACAACGAAUCCACCGAACAACUAGAACAAGAAAGUACACUUCACAGUCUCGAGCUAGCCGAGACUACAGCAAUAGUAGACGAGGAUAUUCAGCUGAAUGACAUUGAGGUUGACGAAGAGUCAACCGCAGAGCAAACAACACCAACUCUUGAGAUACCCCGUAUCACAAUCGACUAUCCAAAUAGCAAUCCAGUUGCAACCGAGGAAUCAUCAGACACCGAGACCGAGAUGUCGUCUUCUCACCGAUCUGGGCAUGCUUCGAGCUCCUCCUCCUCCAAGGGAAAGGGGCACUCUUCCUCCUCUUCAUCAUCGCGGCCCAAGCCACCAAAAACCGAUGACUGGUCAGACAUCACGGACCCUGAAGAGAGAAGACGCGUUCAAAAUCGAAUCGCCCAAAGAAAGUUCCGAGACAAAGCGAAAGAAGCUAAAGACCGCGAGGAGAGAGAUGCUCAGAACAGAACACAUGCAGGACGCGCCUACAGUGUUCCUGAUCCAAAUGAACUGGGAAGAGACAAUGAUCCCAACGGUUUGCCCUGGGGUGGACUAAACAUGCGACACAUUGUUUCCAAGGGAAGAUCGAGAGGAUCAGAAUCCCACCGCGGGGGUGGUGGUGGCUCGAGCCGAGAGGAAAUGCACCACAGUGGAGGUUAUGGCUCGCAAGAACCGUCGUACGAACAAGAACAGUACUACGAGCGAGAUCACACUUACUAUGAGGAUAACGAUCAAGUUUACUACGAUUAUGGCAGCGGCAGUGGAAGUGGACACUCCAGAUAG